AUCAACAAACGCCAGCAGCCCGACUAGCAAAAAUCCAUCCACAGGUUCUGCAGUUCAGCAUGAAGAGAAAACCCUCAUCGCCAAUGGCCCCCACAUUCAUGGUGUCCGCACCAGGAAAAGCCAUUGUCUUCGGUGAACAUGCCGCGGUGUAUGGUAAGCCCGCUAUUGCCGCAGCUAUAUCUCUCCGAUCAUACCUUCUCGUCACUACCCUCUCCAAAUCUCGACGUACCGUCCGACUGAAUUUCAGGGACAUUGGCUUAAACCAUACAUGGGAAAUCGACACUCUGCCGUGGAAUGUCUUCCACCAACCUUCGAAGAAAAGGUUCUAUCACUCUGUUGUCGACUCCCUCGACUCCCAAUUUCUCGAGGCCAUCAUGCCACAUGCAGAGGCUGUGUCGAAGCACCUUCCAGAGAAGCAGCGAAAAAUCCACAUAAAAUCUGCAACCGCCUUCCUCUACCUCUUCCUCUCGCUAGGCUCCUCGACAAGCCCUGGAUUCAUCUAUACUCUUCGAUCUACCAUUCCAAUUGGCGCCGGUCUAGGCAGCAGUGCCAAUAAUACUGUUUCGGCGGGUGGCACGGCUGUGAUGUUCCAAAGAAACGUCUCUGGACCACCAUCUGUCAUUCGUCUCACCAAUUUUCCGAGACUACCACUCCUUCUCGUCGACACUCAACAACCACGAUCCACUGCUGUACAGGUGGAAAAGGUGAAGACACUAAAAACCAAUUACCCUGAAAUAACAGAGAUGAUCUUGGACGGAAUUGGCAAACUUGCAACUUCUGCACUUGAGCUGAUUUCAUCGGCUGAUUUCCCUGGUAGUGACACCUCGGAUGCUCUCGGACGCUUGGGGAUUUUAUUGGCAUCAACCACGGAACGUAUUCGCGAGCUCGUGGAUUAUGCGCAGAUUGGUUGGACAAAACUCACCGGAGCUGGAGGUGGCGGAUGUGCUAUCACGCUCUUCCGACCAGAUAUCGAAGCUCACAUUAUUGAAGAGCUGGAGCGG